AUGCGGUAUUGCAGCACGCGCGGCGGCGACGCCGGCGUCACCUUUUCGGACGCGCUCGCGCGCGGCUACGCCGCGGAUGGGGGCCUGUAUGUGCCCGAGGAGCUGCCGAAGAUCUCACCGGAGACUCUCUCCGUUUGGUCGAAGCUGGACUUUCCAUCGCUGGCUUUGGAGCUUCUGAAGCUCUUCGUAGGAGAUGAGUUGUCUGAGGAUGUCUUGUCGUUGUUGGUCCGUGGGAGCUAUGAUCACUUCACUCACAGAGACAUCGUACCUUUGAUCUCAUUUCGAAAGACAGAAAUGACGGAGACGGGUUCUGAAUCUCCUGUCUUCAUUGCAGAGCUAUUCCAUGGUCCCACUUUUUGCUUCAAAGAUUUGGGUCAGCAGUUGCUGGUGCGACUUCUGGCCCACUUUGCCGAGCGAGAUGGGAAGAAGAGAACCUUUUUGGUCUCGACGACCGGCGACACGGGUCCGGCGGCCAUGCGGGCUGUGGCGGAUGCAGCCUCCUCCUGCCUGAGGAUCGUGGUCUUUUAUCCUGAGGGACAGAUUUCAGAACUUCAGAGACGGCAGAUGACCACGAUUUCAGGUCGCCAGGCCACUGUGGUGACCUUCGAGGGUGGUGGUGAUGACAUGGACCUGCCAUUGAAACGACUGGCUGCCGAUUCGGACUUUGCACAAAAGCAUGGGCUUUGUGGGAUUAAUUCCUACAACUUGGGUAGACCACUUGCACAACUACCCCAUUUCUUUUGGUCUUACUUCCGUGCAGUAGACCACUUGGCCCAGCUUGGCAGCGAAGUCGACUUUGUCAUUCCAGCGGGUGCUUUGGGCAACACAGCAUCAGCAUUCAUGGCGCGACAAAUGGGCCUUCCCAUUCGAUGCUUGAUUGCAGGUGUCAAUCAGAAUGACAUCACUUACCGAACAAUCAGCACAGGGUGCUUUCAUCGCAGUGAUUGCAUGUUUAAGACCUUGUCGGAUGCCAUCAACAUUCAAGUGCCGUACAAUAUGGAGCGGAUUUUCUACUACCUGACGGGAGAGGACAGCAGCCUUAUAAAAACUUGGAUGCUAGAAAUGGAAAACACAGGCCGACUCACCCUGUCGGAAGACUGGCGAAAAAGAAUGCAGAACAUCUUCGAUUCAGCGCGAAUAGAUGAUGAUGCAAUGUGUGAAGCACUGCGCACUUCAGUUGAUGAAUAUGGCUAUUUACCUUGCCCACAUUCUGCAGUAGCAUUGGGUGCGCAUUUUGCCACAACCGGGAGAACAAGCGAGUCUACAGUGCCAGCAAGAGUUAUCUUCGCGACCGCUUCGCCAUGCAAGUUUGAAGCCUCUGUAACAACUGCAAUUGGGCAUGAAGAGUGGAAAAAGUAUGAGGAGAGCCCCGCCUUUCCUGAGACUGCAAGAGCUCUGCUAAGAAAGGAGGAGAGGAAGCCCUUUGUUUGGAGAGCAAAGGACACACUCAGUGAAUCCCAGAGUUCUUGGGAGAAGAAUGGCCGGGCGAUCAUGGGUGGCUUCGGCAACAGUGGGGGCCUCUACCACAACAGCUCGGGCGCGAUGCCCGAGACCUUGGGGAACACACAGAUCACCAUCAAGGUCCUGGGCACUGCUGUGAUGGGCUCUGUCUCAGCCAUGGUGAACCGCCGUGCCACCCCUGCACGCCUCAUGACGCUGGACGAGGCUCACACAGAGAUGGGACAGCCGGAAGCGCCCUCAACAACGCAGGAGGACCUUCGCCAACAGAUCCUGGGCGAUGUCCUGGCUGCCAAUCCCAUCCUGCAGCGCCUGAACUUGCCGGGCGCCACCCCGGCGGACCCGGGCGCACAGGCUCCGGCGCCAACAGCACCUCCUCAGCAGGUGGUGCAAGGAGUGCCGCUGCCCCAAAAGUGA